AUGACUACUAUUCAAAAUGACUGGAACGAAGAUCAAUGGAGUAAGCUCGAGAGCUAUCUAACAGAAUUCGGCAACCUCAGUUCGAAUAAUCAAUACCUUUACAAUUUCCAAUUGGAGUUCUUAUCACAAUAUAUAUCGGCUGAUAUAGAUACUAUUAAGGUGAAGAUGGAUCAAUUGGCUAGCCACAAGCAUAAUUAUUCCAGGAAUGACUUUAAUUGGGAGAAAAAUAAAACAAAAUUAAUGAAUGAAGUAGAUAACAUCAUUAUAUCUUUCAAUCUACAGAAAUUUCAAGAACAAGUGACUAAGGAGGUUUUUGAACCUCCGAUUCACACUAAUGACAUUCCAAAUAACGACAAUAAUGAUACUGUUACACUGGUAGAGGUUGUCCUGCAAAAAAAGCAUACCUAUGAAAAUGUACUGAAAGAGCUCCCUAAAUUAUCCAAGACCCAAAGACGUACGUCAUUGGAUUUGAUGCAUUCCAGGCCAUCUUUGGAUAUGUUCAAUCAUAAACGGACCUCAAGUUUCAGUAAGCCGGCAUUGGCCAGUACUUCGAAUGUCAAUGUGCUAACCAAAGCGGAGAUUAAUAGUCCUAGUAAGAAAUUCGAUCUUUCCCUGAUUAUACCUAAAAAGAGAGUUACAGGGAACACUGAUUCUGAUAAGAGGUCUAGAAGAAUUUCAUUAGUGGGUGAAAAUCUACCACAUUACAUCAAAGAUCAACUUACCAUUGAGUCAGAGAAACGUGAUAAAACUGUACAUAAGAAGAAAUCCCGAAUGAAUAAUUUAUUGGCUAAUUCCCAAUCGUUAUAUGCCCACAAGGAUAUUUCGAGUUUAAAAUCCAACACCAAUACUUCAGAUUUCACCAAUUCUGCUGUGGAUGAAAGUGAUGAUGAUAAAGAAUAUAUUUCACCUAAUCUGUUGACCAAAUAUUAUGAUAUCGAAGAGGAAGAAGAAGAAGGUGAAGACAUAGAUUUUGUUAAUGUUGAUGAUAGUUAUAUAAGCGAAAAUGAUAAUGAUAAUGACCCUGAAGGUGAACAAGACGAUCAAGAUGAUCAAGACGAUGAUGACUAUUUAUUUAAUAUAUAA